GACCGGACUACAUUUCCCGGCAGGCCGUGCUCCGAAGUACGGGUGCCUACGUGAGGUCACGCGCCGUCAGCGCGGCGCAGUUGUCUUAUAAGCGGCCGACGGGCGGGCGCUUCGCAGUUUGAAUGGCUAGGUGCUUAGCUGUUCUGUUCACCUGAGGAUCGUUCGUCCGAGAGUGCGAUAUGGCAUCCGCAGGCGACGAGUCGCCGCCACCCCCACCACACCCCCCGGCUGUAGCCAGCUCCGAGGAGGAGGAAGAAGAGGGAGAGGCGGGGGUCGCCGCGCCGCGGGCCCUGUCGCCCACCCCUCAGACCCUGCAGCGGUUCGAAGAGCUGUGCUGCCGUCUCAACAUGGACGAGACAGCUCGGGCGGAGGCCUGGGACAGCUACCGGAGCAUGAGCGAGAGCUACACGCUGGAGGGAAAUGAUCUUCAUUGGUUAGCGUGUGCCUUGUAUGUGGCUUGCAGAAAAUCCGUGCCAACUGUAAGCAAAGGGACAGUUGAAGGAAACUAUGUAUCUUUAACUCGACUCCUGCGCUGUUCAGAGCAGAGCUUAAUUGAAUUUUUUAACAAGAUGAAGAAAUGGGAAGAGAUGGCAAACCUACCCCAACAUUUCAGAGAACGUACUGAGAGAUUGGAAAGAAACUUCACUGUUUCUGCUGUAGUUUUUAAGAAGUAUGAACCCAUUUUCCAGGAGAUUUUUAAAUAUCCUCAAGAGGAGCAGCCCCGUCAGCCACGAGGAAGGAAACAGCGGCGACAGCCCUGUAACGUGUCUGAAGUUUUCCAUUUUUGCUGGGUGCUUUUCAUAUAUGCAAAAGGAAAUUUCCCCAUGAUCAGCGAUGAUUUGGUCAAUUCCUACCACCUUCUGCUGUGUGCCUUGGACCUGGUGUACGGAAAUGCCGUUCAGUGCUCCAACCGCAAAGAACUUCUGAACCCCAAUUUUAAAGGCCUGUCGGAAGACUUCCACGCUAAGGACUUUAAACCUUCCUCCGACCCGCCGUGUGUCAUUGAGAAGCUCUGCUCCUUACACGACGGCCUCGUUUUGGAAGCGAAAGGAAUCAAGGAGCAUUUCUGGAAACCCUAUAUAAGGAAGCUUUGCGAAAAAAAGCUGCUUAAAGGAAAAGAAGAAAACCUUACUGGGUUUUUAGAGCCUACGAACUUUGGAGAGAACUUCAAAGCCAUCAACAAGGCCUAUGAGGAGUAUGUCUUGUCCGUUGGGAACUUGGAUGAGAGGAUAUUUCUUGGGGAGGACGCUGAGGAGGAGAUCGGGACGCUCUGCCGGCGCCUGAGUGGAGCCGAGGCCGCCGAGAGGCCGCAGAUGAGGAGCGUCCUGCAGCAGCGCUACGACGAGGCCAAAGCACUUCGACUCUCCGCGCCACUCGCCGGCGGGCGGCACGCGAAGGACGGCAGCCCCUGCGCGGGCCCGGGCCCCACGGCCCCGCACAGCCUGGGCCGCCUGCACAGCCUGCUGGUGGGCCUGCGGGGCGUGCCCGGGGAGAAGCUGCAGCGGAUCCUGCGGACAUGUUCUAGAGAUCCAACCCAGGCUAUUGCAAACAGACUGAAAGAAAUGUCUGAAACGUAUUCUCAGCAUCCCCAGCCAGACGAGGAUUCCAGCAACGCUGCCAAAGAAGUUGCCAGCAGACAGUUUCGUAUCGCAGAGAUGCUUUACUAUAAAGUAUUAGAAACUGUUAUUGAGCAGGAACAAAAGAGACUGGGAGACAUGGAUUUAUCUAACAUUCUGGAACAAGAUGCAUUCCACAGAUCACUCAUGGCCUGCUGCCUAGAGGUCGUCACUUUUUCUUACAAGCCUCCUGGGAAUUUUCCGUAUAUUACUGAAGUAUUCGAUGUGCCGUUUUAUCACUUUUACAAGGUGAUCGAGGUGUUCAUCCGUGCGGAGGACGGGCUCUGCAGGGAGGUGGUGAAGCACCUCAACCAGAUCGAGGAGCAGAUCUUGGACCAUCUGGCCUGGAAGGCCGAGUCGCCGCUCUGGGACAGAAUCAGAGACAACGACAACAAAGUUCCUACGUGCGAAGAGGUCAUGCCGCCUCACAACCUGGAAAGAGACGAGCACGUCCGCGCCGCCAGCUCCCCUGCGAACCCGCGGAGAGGGGGCGGGGGUGACGGUCGGGCCGACGCGGGAGCGCUCGGGAGAAGCGUGGCGCCGGCAGGCGCGGGGUACGAGCGGUACAGCGGGCCCACGCUCAGCUCCACCAGGAGGCGGCUGUUUGUGGACAACGACGGCCCCUCCGACCGAGGGACGCCGGCGCGCGCCCCUCCGCAGCCCCUGGUCAGCACCGUCCCUGUGCAGAACGUGCCCGGGGAGCCUGUUCCCGUCACACCGGUUCCGGGACAGACUUUGGUCACCAUGGCAACAGCCACUGUCACGGCCAACAAUGGACAAACUGUGACCAUUCCUGUCCAAGGCAUCGCCAAUGAAAACGGAGGGAUAACGUUCUUCCCCGUCCAAGUCAACGUGGGGGGACAGGCCCAAGCCGUGACCGGCUCCAUCCAGCCCCUCAGUGCUCAGGCCCUGGCUGGGAGCCUGAGCUCUCAGCAGGUGACAGGGGCAGCCGUGCAAGUCGCAGGGCAGGUGACCAUUCAGCAGAUGCCCCCAGGCGGACCGCAGCAGAAACAGGGGCCGCCUCCGACCAGCAGCAGCGGGAGGCCCCGGAGGACCAGCUCGUUGUCACUCUUCCUGAGGAAGGUGUACCACUUAGCAGGGGUCCGCCUCCGGGAUCUCUGCAUUAAACUGGAUAUUUCAGACUCGCUGAGGCUGAAAAUCUGGACCUGCUUUGAAUUCUCCAUAGUGCAGUGUUCUGGACUCAUGAUGGACAGACAUCUGGACCAGUUGUUGAUGUGCGCCAUCUACGUGAUGGCCAAAGUCACCAAAGACGACAGGUCCUUCCAGAACAUCAUGCGCUGUUACAGGACGCAGCCUCAGGCCCGGAGCCAGGUCUACAGAAACGUUCUGAUCAGGGGGAAGAAGAGAAGGGACUCCGGCGGCAGCGACAGCCAGAGCCGUCAGGACUCUCCGACGGAACUGAAAGACAGCACCAGCGGAGACUCCAGCCCCGUCAUCGUGAGGUCCAGCAGCACCCUGCCCGUCCCGCAGCCCGGCAGCGCGCCGCCGACGCCGACCCGCCUCACGGGCGCCAACAGUGACGUGGAGGAGGAGGAGAGGGGGGACCUCAUCCAGUUCUACAACCACAUCUACGUAAAGGAUAUUAAGUCGUUUGCCGUGAAGUACUCACAGGCGAACAUAGCGGACGCGCCUCCGCUCUCGCCCUAUCCGUUCCUAAGAACAGGCUCCCCUCGCCGGAUCCAGCUGUCUCAGAACCAUCCUGUCUACAUUUCCCCACAUAAAAACGAAACAACGCUUUCUCCUCGAGAAAAGAUUUUCUACUACUUCAGCAAUAGUCCCGCAAAGAGACUGAGAGAGAUUAACAGCAUGAUACGGACGGGAGAAACUCCAACCAAAAAGAGAGGGAUUGUUUUAGAAGAUGGAAGUGAGUCGCCUGCCAAGAGAAUUUGCCCGGAAAAUCACUCCGCCUUAAUCCGCCGUCUCCAAGACGUAGCUAAUGACCGAGGUGCCCACUGAGGUUAGUCUGCUGCAUUGACCCUCUUUUCACAAACUGUUUAACAGCAUUUAAUGCAUGCUAGAUUGUGGGGCUCUUUUUCUUCAUCUUUCCAGUAUCCUUAUUUUUACUCAUCUCGUCUGCCUUUUUUCCUACCACUCAGUGCUUGCCAUCAGUGCUGCUUAGAGUCCAAACUGGGAUCUUUAACUCUUUGGCAGAGCUUUCACAGGUACCGUAGAGCACCCAGCAUGCUGGCGCAGUGUGCGAGGUCUCUGGGGGCCUUGCUCCGGCAGUGAAACGUUUCAGUUCAUUCCCACCUGUCGUGUGGUCUGCUCUGGCUCUCAUGAAAAGCAACACAGAGACUAGGUAUCUCGUUCCAAAACACCUGGUAGGAGUGUGAGAAGUUUGCAUUUCUGAAGCAUUAACAAGGGAGCCCAGACCCCUGGCCCCGCCCCCGUGUGCCCUCCCCUGUCGUGGCAGGUGUGGUGGUGCAGUGUGACUGUGCUUGGCUGUGUGGUGUGUGACGUGUGAGUGAACGUGUGUACGAAGUGGCACUUUAGGGCUGAAAAAGCAUGACUCCGUAACCCAGGUUUGCUGUGUAUUGUGAUGGCACUUUCUACAAUGUGAACUUUAUAUUAAGGACAAAACUUCUAGGCUACUCAGUAUCUUCUUUGAUGCUUUUGUACUUUUUUAAAACGACUGAGCACCAGUAGCCACCUUUGGGGCAUGUAUUUUAAAUUCUCCAAUUCCCGCCCCCCGCAUUAAUAGGGAUCAGCCGGCUAAGUGAAGAUUUUAAAUCAAGUUGAAUUAAGGGAAUUAAUAUUAAAAAUUAUAGCCUCUUAUAGGAGGUAGUUAUCCAAAAGACGUGUGUCUACUAAGGUGAUACAUUUUAAAAUACCUUUGGGUGUGUUCCUGGCUUUUCAAAGUUUAGGUUGGACAGUUUAGGUUUUCAUGAGUAUAUAGUACCACUCAUACAAAUUAGAAAAGGUUAUUUAACAGCUAUUGAAAGUAUCUAUAUAUACCUUUAUUAGUCAGUAUUGUUCCAGCAGUUUUUAAGUUGAAUGAAUAACCUUUUUAGGGAGAAAAUUCAAUUGUAAAUUGAAUCAGUAUAAACAGAGUUACUAGGUAACUUCAUAUUUGCUCCAAAAGAAAUAUGGAACUUACACUGUUCAGUUAGAAUAGUGUUCUGCAAAAAUAUUUAUAAAACCUCUCCAGAUAUUUACUGCUACUGUAAUUUUAUAUGAAAAUAAGUGUAUUUUUCAAUAAAGCAUUUAUAAAUUAAUCUUUGUUUAGUUAUACUGAGAAAAGGGUAUUUAGUUUCCUGCAUAAAUGACAAAGAACCAUCAUUUAUUGGUUUAUUUUGUCUCUACAAAACACAUUAGUCAUUCGUUGCUUAAAUAUUUGACUUCAUUAGAAACCGUUUUAACACUUUUCUCCCUCCUGCCACAAAAAUACAGUAAGUAAUUUGCUUU